AUGAGUGCGACGAACACAUCAUCUAAUGAUGCUGCUGUACUUCAACAACUAGAAGAAACAGCGAAAUACAUUUCCAACAAGUAUCAACUCGAUUGUUUUCAUCUCUCUCGAAAACAACAACAACAAGAAGAAGAACAACAACUCCUUCGACCCAACUCUCCUUCUCUCCGUUCAGUCCUUUCGCAAGGGCGCCGAUCUUCCAUCGCUUCCUUUCAUCCAAAUAACAACAACAACAACCUUCAUGAGGAGGAUGUCGACGAUGGAGCCUCUGUAUCAAGUGCUUAUACGAUGACUUCCGGACGACAUUCAUCCAUGUCUUCAACGUUGAGUUCCAUCUCACGAUCGACCUGUGGGAGCUCUUCUUCGACACCAAUGAUUAAGCAAGUAUUAUUACUCACCAACCACUCUUCGAAACCAAGUGUGGUCAUUCCUCCUUCUUCUCAGUCAUUCAAUUUACAACAUGACGAUGAUGGUUACAACGUAAAUUACGAAGAAGAAGAGAAAAAUGAUGAAAAUGGAGAGAUGAGCGUCCUACCUGUCAGAGUGAUGCCAUCUCAUGAAGUGUUUCUUCAGUCACCACCACCUCGUGGAGGUUUCACCAACAGCGCUGGUGAGUUAUACAGACUGAAUCAAUCUGAAAUGAUUCAACAACAACAACCAUUCCAUACACCACCACCACCACCAUCUCCUCGAGCAGGAUUUAUUGGAUCUUGGUCCAACAAGAGCAGUCAAAGAAAUUCUCUUGCAAACUCAAUUCCACCGAAUGGAAGUAGUAGUAGUAGUGGUGGUGUGAGUAAUGAUGUUUUAGAAACCUCUUCCCAACUGAUUCAACGAAAUUCUCAUGAAUCAUCCUCUCUAGAUAUGCUACAAGAAUUACAUGACCCAAAAAGUAGAUCUAAUAGUGCUCUCUCCAAUUACACCAACAACAAUACACCACAACAACAACAUCAAUACAAAACUUCGUCCACCCAAGUACCAAAUAAUGACACCACCAACUUUCAAGAGUUGGAAAGUAUUGAAUGCAAAAGAGAUGAAGAGAAUGAUAAUAGUUGUUGUGUUGAACAUUUCCAAGACACAGAUGAACAAUAUGCAGACCCAUGUGAAGAAUUAGAUGAUUCCUAUGAAAUUCAAAGAUUUUCUCAUUACACCAAUUCUGAAACAAUCAUUCAUGAUGUUUUUGAUGUCAAUACAAAGGAAACUCUUGAACAAGUGAUUACUCAAUUAAAUCAUGCAGAAGAAGAGCUCGAUCGAGAGGAAGAACAACAUGUCCUCGCACAUCAACAACAUAACAACAGAAAUUUAACAAUGGAAGUGAUGGAUGACACUUCAUGUGCCUCCUCCAUAUGCAUUCCUGAACCACCUAGCCAAGCAAACAUUCAAACCAAACUUGUUCAUUAUUUAAAGUAUCUCUCUCAUUCUUCUGAAAAUGUGAGAAUUCAAUCAGUGAAAGGAAUGAAACAAUUGAUAUUCACUUGUGAAUGCUCAUCAUCAUCGACAAUAGGUUUGAAAUCACAACUCCUCGAUGAUCUCUAUUAUAGUAUUGUAGAGACUUUAAAUAUGACCAUUCAACUAUUCAAAACUCAAUCGAAAUAUCUCAACAGAGAAAUUAUCUCUCUAUUCAAUUUGUUAUCAAAUUAUUGUACACAUGACACUAUUCACUCAAUGAUUGAUGUACUGAGAGAUAAGAAAUUAUUUGAACUCUACGAUAGUGUCAUUUCACUCUUCUUUAAAAUUGGAGAUGGUGCAAUUAAGAUCUUAUUGGAUCAUUUAGAAAAUGAUACAGAAUGGAAUAAUAUCAUUAUUACACAUAUUGUGAAUCAUCCACUCAUCAUUGAGAAUGUUGUAAUUCCAAUUCUAUGCAAAGAGUGUUUGUCCUUUGAUAUUGAUAAGAGAACAUGUGCAGUGAGAGCAAUCAAACAUUUAGGAAUUAUUGCAAAUAGUGCUCUUCCAACUCUUGUCAACAUGUUAAUGGAAGGUAAUGCUGAUCGAGUUCUCAUUGGUGAAGCAAUUCGUGCAAUGGGCAAUGAAGGUGAAAAAACUCUACUCUCUAUCAUGAAUCAAUGUCAUGUCUUUAAAGUGAGAGAAGCCAUUUUAACUGUCUUUGGUCAAUUACCCUAUUGUGUGAAUUCUAAUUUAACUAUUUUAGCAAAUUCUGAUAUUCAUUGUUACAUUCCAUCUCCAACUCCAAGAAUAUUCUAUUAUUAUACUGGAGAUGCAAGCAAAGAAUUGCCACCAUUCUUAUUAUUUGAUUCAAAGGAAUUAAUUGCUUUAACAAGACAAUUUUUAAAUGAUCAUCCAAAUAUUAUUUUGAAUAGUAGUAGCAGAGUUGGUAGAAAUGGUAUACGAACAGCACCACCAAACAGUGAUUCUCCUUUUUUGUCCAAUUUGACCUAUACAUGUAGGCCUGAAAUUACUCUUCUCUAUGCCAUGGCGUGUUCCAUGAAAUCAAUCAUUUACAAUAAUCAUCAAUCGAGUCGACCGAAUACGAGUCGAACGAAUACCAAUCACAGCACUUCAAUCAUUCUAAAUAUUUCAAGUAUAUUAUUAGGAAAUGGUCAAAAUACGUCGACGAGUACAACAUUUAUGAAUUCAGAACAAUUGAAUAAUUCCUUCUCUAUUUUGAAAUCCUAUUAUUUGAAAGAACGAAAGAAAAGAAGGAAUGGUCCACAUGGUGAUCACCAUCCAAUAAUGAAUCCAUCUCACAGUGGUGGUGUUGAUGGUGGUCCUAUGAAUAAUAGGAGUAAUAAUAGCCAUGAGAAUGAUCAUUCUCCUCAACUACUCCUCAAUUGUAUCAUUGAAAAGACUGAAAUUACCACCAUUUCACCUGAAUGUGUUCAUUGUUUGAUUCAUAAUGUAAAAUAUCCUGAAGAAUCUGUUCGAUAUGCAAGUGUCAAGUCCAUUGAAUCCAUCCUUUCAGUUCAAAUGUCACAUUUUCAACAAGUACUUGAUGUUUUGAAAAAGGAAGCACUCUUAGAUUCAUCUCAUCGAGUGAGAGCAAGUGCAUUACAAGCAUUGGCAAAGAUUGGAACAGAAAUGACGAUUCAUAUGAUAGAUUGCAAGAAUUCUGAAAGGUGUCGUUAUUCAUGUCCUCUCAAUACGUCGUCGACCACUUGGAACAAUACAACCACUCCUACUACUACCUCAUAUGACUCUCAUACCACUUCUGCCAACACCACUCUCAACAACAAUAACAAUACUCUCAACAACAAUACUACUGCCAACACCAUCAAUACCACUUUUGCCAACAACAAUCAUCAUAUUCUUUCCAAACAUGAAAAGAGAAGUCUCCUCUCUUCAAUAUUACCACUCUUAAAAGACACUCAUUGGAAUGUAAGAAUGGCUGCAUGUCAUGCCAUGUCUUGUCAUUAUUUACACAUUCUUCAAAUGUCUAAUUUUGAUAAGGAAUUUUACAAGUUAAUCUUUCAUUAUUUGAUUGGAGUAUUGAAAGAUGGUUCAAUUUCAAGAAAUCAAGUUGCUAAAUGUCUAAGUCUAUUAGAAUAUGAUGGAAUUUCUCAAUUAAUCUAUCUAUUAAGACAAGAUGUACAAUCCAUGAAUAUUCAAGUGAGAAUUUCAUGUGCUUAUGGUUUGAGUUUGAUUCAUCUCGAAUCACCAUAUAUUGAUCGAAUUGUUGAAAGUUUGUUCAUGACUUGUAGUUGUACCAUCAAAACACCACCUCUUGUGAGAAGAGCAGCCAUUAAGGCAUUGGGAGAACUUUCAAAGAAAUCUCACAACAAACUCACUUAUUUAGGACCAAGAACAUUACUUCCAUUUUUGUAUGGAUUUUUGAGAGAUCGAGAAUUUGUGGUUCGUCAAAUGGCCUCUCAAGUAUUGGCACAGAGUGGUCCUUAUGGUGAAUUAUUAUUAAUGGAAGGAUUGUUAAAAGAUUCCAAUGUUCUCAUUCGAUCGAGUGCAGCCAUGGGAAUGAUGUAUUUGGGUCCAAAAACAAUGAUUACAUUAUUAUUGGCACUUUUCAAGGAGUAUCAUCCACAUAUUUGUCAACAUCUCUUGGAAUGUAUUGAAUCAUUUAAAUUGGAUGAUAUGAUUGAUGUGAUUAUGAAGAGUAGUAGUGUUGGAGUUGGUGGUGAUGAUCAAUGUGGUAUUGGUGGUGAUACUGGUGAUGAUACUGGUGAUGGAAAUGUGGAUUCGAAUGACACAACUUUUCAAAACAAGAAUAUCGAAUCCAUUGCAAAUACCAUUCGUGAUAUCUUGUCAAGAUUUGUUUCAUCCACAGACACUUUAAAACACCACUUGUCAAAGAAUAGUCUUGUUCAAAAUCAUCCUCACCACCAUUAUAAUGGAAGAAGGCAUGUGUUGGUGGCUUCUCCGCAAGCUCUUCACAUACUUGAGGAAUUAUUGCACACUAUUGAACGAAGAAGGAAACGAAAUGGUCAAUAA